GCCGCCUAUUUUGACCCUGUAAAGAUGGCCGGUAAGGCAACGUUUUUUGAGUCGAGCUUAAGUUUUCCUUCCAGUCGCAACACACAAGGAGUUCAGUCCGCCUCAGCCGGUACAUCAAGGUUUGUCCCUCUAUCAAAGGCGCAGCAUGAGCUCGACGGUUCCGCGCAGGCGCUGGAUCAGAUCAGUCGCUGCUUUAAUAAACUCCGGUCACUGAGACCGUCUGACAGCGCGACUCUGAAAACUGAGCUCAAUUUACUGUUCGACCAGCUUAUCUCAGAAAACUACAACAGCGGCAACCAUGACAACAUUCAACCAGAGGUUGUGUGUGAGAUGCUUAUGCAUGCAAGCUGUCUGGUUCCUCUCAGCCAAGAGCAUCUUAUCAUCAAACUGAGCCAACUGAUUCAUCAACUUCUAAACCAGCUACAGGUAAUAGUGGAUGAGCAUACGCUUGAUGUUUUGGUAUCAUACUGCACACAUGCUCUGCGCACAUGCAGUUCAUGGACUCACCCGGAAGUGUUGCUUGCCCUCUCAUCACUAGUGUAUGGCAAUGGAUCCAGGUGUCACAGACAUCUUCCAGAGCUCCUUGGACUGAGCGGUAUUCUGGUAAACUACGGUGACCCCAGCCAGCCUGACAUAGAGAUACGUCGUUCUGCUGUGCAUUGCUUAGCUAAUCUAUGUCUCAGUGUUGCUGGUCAGCCGUAUUUAGAGGAGCCAUAUAAAGGUGUAUGCUAUGGAAUCCUCCUGCGGACACUACAGUCCCCCAAACCACCUGAUGUGGAGGACAUUGUCUUCUGUACAUUAUUGCAGAGUGCUCUGAAGGGAAUGCAGUAUUUUUGCAAUGGUGGAAAAUGGAAAGCCGUUCCGAACCAGGAUCUGGGCACCUUAUUGGCUGUGCUCAAAAGAUUCAUGUUCUACGGGCUGCCGGGAAUAAGUGUGGAAAUGCCACAGGUGUUGUACCCAGCUCCUCUCCCUCAGUAUGAGACUAUUCCCGCUGCAAAACCUGAACCUUCACAAGACUCCACUGCACAGAAAAAAACGGCUGGAUCCCAACAGAACAAGAAGCGCAAGUCUCGUGGGAAAGGGAAGAAAGCUGGAGCUGAGGGAAAGAAUGAUGGAGAGGAGGGAGAGGGUGACCACAUCUCGGGGCAUCAUAAAACUGGGGGAGCUGGAGUGGUUCAGAGUGCUUGGUCUCUUGGCUCGCAGUCCGCUAGUGUGACGUCCCCGUCAGGAGUGACUCCACAACUCUACCCUUCCUGGAAGAAAGGGAGCUCUGACUCUGAAUUCUCUGACCCUGAGGGAGGAAUGCAAUCUAAACUUAGGCUGUAUCAAGCACGUGUGCGGCAGAGUGCGCUUCAGUGCUUCCUGGCUGUGGUCAAGUGUGUUGAGAAACGAAUCCUCUAUGGCUACUGGUCUUCCUUUGUUCCAGAUGCUCCUGGGAUUGGAGGCCCUCCUCCUCUUACCCUCCUGACCAUUGCUCUAAAGGACCCCUCCCCAAAGGUACGGGCAGGCUCUCUGCAGGUUCUGUCUGCUCUUCUAGAAGGUUCUCGCCAGUUCCUCUCCACCGCUGAAGACACCAGUGCACCCCGCCAGGCCUUCACUCCCUUUUCGGCCACAUUAGCUGCCAGUGUCAGAGAGCUGCACCGCUGCUUGCUGCUAGCACUCGUAGCAGAGUCAUCCUGUCAAACCCUCACACAGGUCUUAAAGUGCCUUGCCCACCUGGUGUCCAACGUGCCCUAUAAUCGUCUCAGACCGGGCCUGUUGAGCCCACUGUGGAAACAAAUCCGUCCAUAUGUGCGCCACAGAGAUGUGAACGUCCGUGUGUCCAGUCUCACCCUCUUCGGUGCAUUAGUCUCAACACAAGCCCCCCUCCCAGAGAUCCAGCUCCUUCUCCAGCAGCCCGGAUCCACAUCUGCCCUCAGCACCCCCGGCAUCAGCACCCCACAGGAGCUCUCUCACAACUGGAGACUUCCCGCUCGGAGAGACGGUGAAGCCUCGUCUCCUGGAGGAGUUGAGGGGGGUCCGGAGGUGCCGUGCUGGCUGUUGCAGCUGUGUGUGAGCCUGGUCACUCAGCCUCGCGAGGAACCGUACUCGGAUAGUGACGCCGGAGGGUCUAGUGGAGCAUCGCUGGAACCCUCACCCAUCCGACUUGAAGCCCUGCAGGUUUUGGCUCAUCUGAUGAAGGGUUACUUCUCACUGGCUCAGACUUCUUUGUUGGAGUUGGGGCAACUCAGUGCUCGCUGUCUCAAAGAGCAAGACCCUUCUGUGCAACUUCAUGGCACUAAACUUCUGGAAGAACUGGGAACAGGCAUUAUCCAGCAGUACAGAUCUGAUGCCAACACCCCUCCACAAAGUGCCAAAUGUGUGCCAGUGUGUCAGGUGGUUGAGUUCUGGUCAGACGUCUUGGGUGCUCCACUGAUCAGUGCCUUACAGAACGAGCAGCAUCCCACCCUACAGACCAGCGCAUGUGACACCCUCUCCUCCAUCCUACCACAAGCUUUCAGCCAGCUGCCCGAUAAGACGCAAGUGCUGUGUAAGAGAGUCCACCUUCAUCCACCUAGAAAAGUACUCCGCACUGAUUUAACUUGACUAAUUUUGCUUUUUUUUUUACGACCACAGGAUGUGAUGUUUGUGGCAGACACGGCUAAUGCCAUCCUCACUGCUCUGGAUGACCGCUCACCCAACGUUCGUGCAAAGGCAGCCUGGUCGCUUGGCAACCUCACCGACACACUCAUUGUCAACAUGCAGUCAGUGGGGUUGGAGUUUCAGGAGGAGUUCUCUGAUAUGCUGCUUCUGAACAUGCUGAGAUCUGCCACUAAAGCUUCAGGAGAUAAAGACAGGGUAAAGAGCAAUGCUGUCCGUGCGCUUGGGAAUCUGCUUCACUUCCUGCAGCCGGUGCACCUGGGAAAGCCUGUGUUUGAGCAGCCCCUGCAGGAGGCCAUGAGGGCACUGAUAGAUACAGUUAGAGGAGAUGCAACCAUGAAAGUGCGCUGGAACGCCUGCUAUGCACUGGGCAAUGCCUUCAGAAAUCACAGCCUGCCUCUGGGUUCUGCCGUCUGGUCCAAGGAAGCCUACUCUGCCCUGUCCUACGUCGUCACAUCCUGCAAGAACUUCAAAGUACGCAUCAAAUCUGCUGCUGCACUUUCUGUUCCAUCAACGCGAGAUCGCUAUGGUGACGCUCAACAAUUCGCCGAAGUGUGGCGAGCUUUGGCUCAGGCCCUUGAGCACAGCGAAGAAAUGGAGGACUUCCUUGAAUAUCGUUACUGUGCUAGCUUACGCUCACAGCUCUGCCAUGCUCUCCUGCACCUUCUGUCCUUAUGCCAGCCUGAUGACCUUCCAGUGCUGAGGUCAUCACUGAGUGACCAAUCCAGGCCAGUACUACAGGGCUUCCUGGUUAGCUACCUUAGCAAUAAGGGCGUGACUUUGGCUGCUGGGGUUGAUGGUGCUGCAGGGGAGGAGGCUGGGGAUCAUGCGUUGCCUGAAGAUGGUUUGAUGGCGCUCAACGAGACACUGACCAGGCUGAAGGGACAGCUGGAAGAGGCCGUGUUGGACAGCAGUGAGGAUCUGAAGACUGUGGUGAAUUUCCUCGAGGAUGUAGUGAGGAACUUUGAGGAGAUGAAAGAAUCGGACAGCAAAGAUUUCUCCCUUCCGCUCAGCAAAUUACCACAGUGAAAGUGAAAAUACAGACGUGUUCAUCUGUUGAUGAAGCCAUAUGGCAUGACUGUCUGAGGUCGAAACUGCCUUUUAGAUUUUAUAAAAAAUGUGUAUAUUAAAAUAUAUUUCAAAGUAUCAAAGAAUUUCCUGUUGAGUCUCGGAUUACACCUUUAAAGGAAUAGUUUACCCCAAAAAUGUAAAUUUACUCCCCUUCAGGCCAUUCAAGAUGUA